AUGCCGCCCCUGCCCCCACUGUGGCUGAGCCCCAGAGCAGACCCUCAGCAGCCCAGCAGUGCCUGUGCCCUCACCCACUCAGAUUCCAGCAAACCCGUGUCCGCUGUGAGGGUCCAGGAGUUGUCAGCCCCUCCCAACGUGCAGCAGGGCAGCCGCACCCGUGGUGCCGGCAAGUCCGGCAUCUGCAGGGCAGUGUCCCCUCCCUCCCGCCCAGCAGGCCUACACGUGUCUACACACCAAACCCAGCCGGCCUCCGUCUCCCGCUCUCUUGUUCUUCGACUUGGCGGCGCGUGGCACACGAGGUUAGGAGGCGGCGGUGCGGCCCCAGGCGAGCAAGGCACCAGCGGCGCACGCAGCCGCCCCUCCACGGGGAGGCCGCCGCAGGCUCACGCGGGCACCCCCCGCCCCGCACACAGGAACUCCGGGCCCGGGGGCAGCGACGGGCCGUCCGCUGAAAGACAGCACGACGCGCGCCCCCCAGGCCGCAGACCCCCACCGCCCGCAGCCGCGAGGACGAAGGCGCAGCCUCUGACAUGCGCCCGCUCACCCUUUAAACUACGGCCGCCGCGCCGCGUCCCUCACCCCCCGCCCCGGGCGCGCCUCCGGCCACCGGCACCCAGGACGGAGGCGCGGGGCUCAGCCGGCGGCGGCGGCGGCGGGCGGGCACCCGGGCUCCGGCCCCGAGGCCCCUCGGACGCACCGCGGCCACCCCAGUCUCCAUCGCCCGCAGAGGACGAGCGAGCGCGCGCCGCGCCUUUUAUAGCGCGGACGGCGGCCCGCGAGGCCCAACCCGCGCCCGCCCCGGGCUCGCCGCCGCCGCCGCGCCCUCUAGCGGACCCUCCCGGCCCGCCUCCCGCGUCCGUGGCCCCGCCCGGGCCCGCCCCGCCCCCGGCAGGAAGCCCCGCCCCGGCAGGAAGCCCCGCCCCCGCCGCGCGCGCGGCCCUGGAGCCGGGCAGCCUCCUGGUUCCCUGCAGAAGGGCCUGCCGCUUUCUGGGGGGCCUCGGCGGAGCUGCUCCCCCGGCCUCAGCCCCCUGGAGCCCUGGCCCCCAGGCGGGGUCCGAGGCCCUGCCCGGCCUUCAGCUCUCCCGCGGGAGGGAGGUCUGCCUGCCCCCGCUCAGGAGGCGGCUCCCAGGUGCCCCCUGGGACCCAGGCGGGGGCUGCCAGGGGCCGCUGGGGAAGCCUCUGGGGCGCGGUCCCGAAGGCCCCACCGUGGACUCGUUCCUCCGCGGAGAGUUCCCACGGGCUAACGGGUCACUGCUGAUGUGGGCUGCACCCCAGUGUCAGCAACCAGGCACCCCUGUGAGGAUGCUGCAGGGUUCGCUGUGA